AUGGGUGCCUUAGACAUCUCGGUCGAAGAACUUCUCGAAUCCGCACAGAGAGACGCCUCCGCUCAAGAGGCACAAACUACCGCCACCAACAAGGACGAUGAUGGCGCCCGCUCUCGCCGCGGCACUACAGCCGAUGUUGACAUGAAAGACUCAGACAACGUCUCUGCUAACGGAAGCACUCGUAGUAGGCGUAGGGAUCGCAGCGGUGAUCGCUCAUCACGCCGCCCUGAUUCGCGUGAUCGUCGCGAGCGCUACCGUUCCAGUGGUGGUGACUUUUACCGCGGAAAUGGCCGUAACAGAACUAGAUCCCCUUCAGACGACGACAGAUACUACCGCCCCUCAGACCGUUCGCGCAGAGAUGACGAUCGUCCUCGUCGCCGCGACAGAGAACGUGGUGACCGUCGUUCUCCUCGUCGUGACCGCGGCGACUCAUACCGUAGCGGACGUGCAGCUCGUGAUAGAUCCCCUCCUCGCCAGAGAACCCCUGAACCCACCGACGACGAGCGCGAUCGCCGCACAGUCUUCGUCCAACAACUUGCCGCCCGGCUGCGCACCAAGGAACUCGAAGCCUUCUUCGCCCAGAUCGGCCCUGUCAAGGAAGCUCAAAUUGUCAAGGACCGCGUCAGUGGCCGCAGCAAGGGUGUUGGCUACGUCGAGUUCAAGGAAGAAGAAUCGGUCCAGAAGGCACUUGGCUUGACUGGUCAGAAGCUUCUCGGUAUUCCCGUCAUUGUACAACUCACAGAAGCUGAGAAGAACCGCCAGGCUCGUGUAGCAACCGGACAGCCUACUCAAUCUAACGGCAUACCAUUUCACAGGCUCUAUGUCGGCAACAUACACUUCUCUGUCACCGAGGAAGAUCUGCGCGACGUCUUUUCGCCAUUUGGUGAGCUCGAGUUUGUCCAAUUGCAAAAGGNNGAGGAAAAUGGUCGUAGCAAGGGUUACGGUUUUGUGCAGUGA